UUGGUGCCAAAUAUACUUCGAGCAGUUGUUUAGACUCAUGUCCACAAAGUCACCAUAGAUAAUAAUGAGCACAGUAAAGUGGUUCUUGUGGGCGCAUUGCGCAUACCCGAAAUUUGUAUCUGCAAUUUAACGUCCUUCAAUUCACCCAUCAAUCUUUACAAUUACCAAUGAUCUCCACCGCCAACGCCGCUCCCAACUGGCUCGACCGCCUACGCUCCACCAAGGGUUUUCCCACCGGCGACAAUCUCGACCUCGACCAUUUCCUUAGAAACAACGAUCAUGACACCCCAAAACCUAACUCGUUUGAGUCGAAUCUGUCAGAUUGUAAACGAGUUGUUGAAAAUGGAGAUGAAAAGGAAGAAGAAUGGUUGGGUAUAAUGACCAAUGUCCUGUCGGACCUCUUCAACAUGGGCGAGCCCAACCCGAGAUUUAAAAAGAGUUGCAGGAAACAAGCGAACCCAAAGUUGUGUUUGGUUUCGACAGAAGAUCAAAGUUCGGGGUGUAUGCGAAAAGCCGAAAAUGCCCCGGUGGAGAUUGAGACAAAGAAUAUUGAGAUUGAAGAGGAUGGCGAGAGAGAGCUUGUGGGGUACUCCAGAAACGAAGUGACAGUUAUUGAUACGAGCUGCGCGGAAUGGAAAUUUGAAAAAUUAGUUUUUAGAAAGAGAAAUGUUUGGAAAGUGAGGGAAAAGAAAGGAAAGUCACGUGUUAUUGGGAGGAAGAAGAGGAAAGCAAAUGGGUGUGAUGGAAUUGUUCAUGCCAAGAAAAAGCUUAAGCUUUCCAAUGGAGCUCCAUCAAAACAUGAAGAGAAUCUUCAUGAUGACAAGGGAGACGAAGUUAGUAAAGAUGCAUCAGGAUCAGAUGGCCUUAGCCAAGUUCCUAAAGAUAGGUUACAGGUUUCAAGAGUACCCAAGAAAACUAAAAAAGGAGGCUCAUCCGAUAUCCUUAUAAAAGGCAUGCCUUCAAGGAAGAAAAUGGGAGCAAAAAGUCUAAAGAAUCGAACUCCUGAGAUUGGAUUCGAAAAGCAUCAAGCUGUUUGCAACAAAGCUCUAUCUACUACCUUCCCUGGGUAUCGGGAUUAAAGAUGAAAUCAGAUUACGGACCUCAAACCCAUGGCAUGAUUCUAAUUGUCUUCGCCUAUGACAAGUGAAGUGAAUUUGUUGCCAGCCAUUUCUUUGUAAUUAAUAUUUUUGCUCAGAAGGAUUUCACCGUAAUAAUAUUUUGUUUUUCAA